ACGCUUCCCACGAGAACACUGCAUACGCUCCAUUAACCGAGAGCUCGCGGCUUAAAUGCGGGUCACGAGUUGAGACCGUGAGGUUCUGUAGAGGCUUAACGAAGGAAGGACAUGCUAGAAGGAUAUAUAGAGGCAUUAUUGAACUGAAGUGGUUUUAAGCACCUUUAUCCUCUUUAGGAUAUAUGAUACAUGGGAUAUAACUCACUCUCAAGCAUGUUGGGUGCCAUUCCCAGAAUACCCUCCAUUACCUUGGGGUGUCUGCUGCUCCUAAGCUCAGUGCUGAACCCCUGUGGUGGGGAUGUUGGGGAUUUCUCACCCUGCUUGAACUACUUCUACCAGGCCUGGCCACCCAAAGGUAUUCAGGGCACUCCAAUCUGCCAGCGUUACAAAAACCAGUAUCAUUUUGCCACACUGUACAGCCGUGAACGGCGCACGCCAUGGUUUUCAGCAUACAUCUACACCCCACCUGAGGGCAAGAGGCCCAAAGAGGUCUGGAAGUAUGAGCCUCAGCUGGCCAAAUCCCAGGCUGAUGGUAACAUGGUGCCAUUCCCCAUACCGCCGGAGAAAGUGGACCAGAAUGUGGUGGAGAGCCAGGCUGUUCAGGAAGACUACAUCAACUCUACCUACACCCGCGGUCACCUGAACCCCAGCCAGCACCACACUGACCCUGAUGACCGUCACGCCACCUUCACCCUCACCAACGUGGUCCCGCAGCGGGCCGGCUCCAAUGACGGCCCCUGGGCUUCUCUGGAAGGUCGAGUCAGCAAGAACCUUCAGGCGUACUGCCUGGGGGAGGCGUACGUAGUGACCGGGGUCAUCCCGUAUGAGAAAGACAGAUGGCUGAAGGACCAGGGCAGAGUGGCUAUCCCUGAGUACCUGUGGUCAGCAUACUGCUGCCGCAACUACAGCCACAACCUUCCAAAGAGCCUUACUGACACAUUUCCGUCAUAUGCAGCUAUUGGGAGGAAUGAUCCCAACAGCACAGAGGAGAUUGUGCCAGUGAACCCACACCGGAAGAAGGCCAUCCUGGGCUAUGAUGUCCGGCCCAUGCCUCUUCCCACUCUGGAGACCUACCUGAAGCAGCGCUACGGAACACCCGUCAGCGUCUUCUACGAGCAGUGCUCAGGGUCGUGACCUUCAGUCAUGAAUAAUCUAUAUCCCAGUGAUGUCCACUUUUAUCCACAAAAGGCUGGUGUGGCUGCAGGUUCUCAUUCCAACCUUUUUUAAAACUGUUGUCACAUUUAUUUUGAAAUUGUAAAGAACAUGAUGUAACAGAGCCAAAUAUGAAUUUAUUAUUUUUUUGUCUCACAAACUACCAUCUGAGCAAGAAUAUACCUGACUUUGUCUUUUAUGAUUACUCUCAGGGCUUGAUAUUUAA